AUGACUUUAGAGAUAAUCCUGCCCAAGUUUGACGUCAAAGUGAAUCUGCCAUCUUACGUUGUAACCACUGACAAAGAUAUGCAGGGAAGCAUUACAGCCAAGUACACCUACGGUAAGUCUGUGAUAGGCACGGUGGUAGUCCGGGCUGAUGUAAACUAUAUCGGAGCCCCAUGGAAGUACGUGGGAGAUGAAGUGAUGGUGGAAACCAAGCUUGAUAUAAACGGAGAUGCAAAGUUCACCAUACCGUUCGAUCAGCUCCUGAACGAAGUGGAUCCCAACACAUACAUGCCUUUGGUAGAGACGCUAGCUGGGUACAUGUUGACAGUGACCGUUAGCGUCACAGAGAGUCUGAACAACAUCACGCGAAAUGCAACAGAACAGGUUAAAUUCUACAAGGAGCCAUUCAAAGUCUCGUUUGACCGUGAAACCAGCCCUACAUUUUUCAAACCUGGAUUGCCAUACAUCGGUCACAUCUCAUUGACACAAGCUGAUAGUCGGCCAGUUAUAUCCAAUGUCACUGACGUGCUUGUAAAGAGCUAUGUCAAAUUUUACGACAGUCAGCACGGAAAAUACAGAGCACAGAGACUUCCUGACGACCACUAUGCUCCGCCCCCAACCGGCGUCCUUGAGUUUACUGUGAACCCACCGGAAAAUGCAUACUCGCUGCAUCUUCAGGUUGAGUACAAGAGACUUAAGGACACCUACGACAUGAACAAGCCAUCCUGGCUGAUCGAGAGAGGAAAUAUUCAACUUUAUCAGAGCAAUUCAUCAAUGAUUGGCGAAAGAGUUAAUUUCAAACUGCUCAGUGCUGAUCCAAUGGACAAGAUAUUCUUUACGGUGAUCAACAACAACCGCCUGGUCCAGUCAGGCAUCCUCAACUGCAGCGGGUCCCGAAGUGAGCACAUUAUCUUUGAGGUCACCGACGAAAUGAAGCCGUACAGUAAACUCAUCGUGUACUACUUCAUAACUUCCGGUUGGAACGCAGACUCUAUCUACUUUGUGGCCACCACUUCCGCUGAUGUAUUCAGGAACAAAGUUGCGAUGUCCUUUGACCGAAAUACUGCGGAACCAGCCGAGAAUGUGACCCUGCAAAUAAGCACUGACCCUCGGUCAAUGGUCAAUAUCUUGGCUGUAGACCAGAGUGUGAUGCUGAUGGCGACAGGAAAUGACGUCACGCAGAAAAACGUCAUUACGUCACUUCGUCCUAAUGAUCACCUGUCUUCAAAUGCCAAUGAAAUGCAUGACCCACAACAAAUCAUGAAGACAUAA